AUGUCCAGCCGGCGGGGCAUCAUGACCUCGAGAGAACCUGCUAACUACGGAGGAGGCAUUUAUAUCCCAUAUGAAACGCAUUCUCCAGGCAGCGCCAGCCACGCCUCCUCCGAGUUCGUGGAAAGGAAGACCAGGCGAAUGGGUGGAAAGGAGAGUGGGCGUCUGAGAUCGGUAGCCAGCCCCAGUGGAGAACCAGUCGCGGAUAUCCGGUCUCCGAGCAAGGAGCCUCCUUCCCUUCUGAUAUUAAGCCACAGCUCAGCAGAACCAGAUCAGGGAAAAGCCUCUUCGGUGGCAUCCGUUCACCACAGCGGCAGUGAAGACCUUCUGGGAACAUCUCAUGAGCCCACCAAAGAGUCUUGUCAUUCUGAACCCUGCCCUCCCUCAAGACCUGAUUCCACAGUAUCCUCUCCGGGUCAUCCUGACGCUCCUCUUGAAACAAAACGGGAAGAAGACUCUGGCUCAUUUAUGGAGGCUGUGCAGCAGAAGCCCUUCCGACGGAGAAAAGGCUAUCCAGACACAGAAUGGACAUUUUACCCAAGUUCUGGUCAUCUCACUUAUCAUACUGGAAAGAAGUGUGUCUUUGAUGGUAUCUACCUCCGAAAUAAAACCAGCACAUCUGAAAGGACACUGGAAAUGUGCAUGGGAAAGAAGAAAUACGAAAUUGACUCCAGAAAUGGCAUUCUGUUGGUGACCCCUGGAGACCAUCCGUACGUGUGCCCAGAGCAAAGUAAAGACUUCUACAAAAUGGCAUCAACGAUGCCUCCAGUGAAUUUUGGGAGUGCCACACGUAAAAAGAAAUCCGAUACUUUUAUUCCCCUUGAACACUUGCCAGGAGUUCCUAGUGUGCCUUUCCGUGUAAAGGAGAAACAGCAAGAACUGGAGAGAGAAAAGUUGGAAGUGAAAAACUUGGACCGUUGGAAGCCGGCUCCGAUGUUGCAGCAGACAUUAACCGUGACUGUACCAGGCAGAAGAAUGACUUAUCAACCAUCUUAGGACUGCUGCUGAUUUCUGCUCCGGAGCCCCUCUUUGCGCUGCCUGCCCCAGCGAGAGACUCCCGGCUCAGUGAAUGAACAAAUAAAUAUGCUCCGGGAUCAUUUCCCCGCCAAGAGCAAUGGCCACUUCUGACCGAUUGGCAGAAAGUGCUGAUGUCCAAAGCUUCCGAUUUCUGUGCCGCUCAUUCAGGAUGAUAAACAGGACAUUUUAAAAAGGAGGUGAAAGUUCUUUGGUCCCAUGGGCUCCUUUGCAGAAACUGAUCUGUUA